GGGGAAACGGGAAUAGUGAGAGAUCAAAAAUAAACCUCUUAUGUCAAAGCCGGGAAGGAAGUAUAAAUACGAAGGGCUCGGCAGCCCACUCGGUGCUUCCCGGGGUGGGGAGGAGGCAGGAGGCGGCUGCGCGGGGACCGCGCGCGGGGCAGGGGCGGAGGACCGGCGCUCGCGGGCCGGGGAGCCAGUUGCUCGCGCUCGGCUCGGCGGGCGGGCGCGGGAGGAGCGGCCUGCGCCAGCCAGAGGGGCCGCUCGGGGACCGCCGCCGCCAGGCCCCCACCGGCCGAGUCGGCCAGCGAGCUGAUUGAUUUGCUUUUUCCUGGAGAGAGCGGCCGGGCUGCGCUCGCGCCGCCAGCACCUGCCCGCGCCGGGCCGCCGUCUUCCUCUCCCGCGCCGCCGCCGGAGCCCCCAUGCCCCGCGCCGCCCCCCGGGGGCCGCCGCUCCUGCUGCCGCUGCUGCUGCUCUCGCUGCCGCCGCCGCCGCCGCCGCCGCUCGCCCGCGGCGCCCCGGCCCGGCCCGGCGCGCGGGGGCAGGCCUCGGAGCUGGUGGAGCCCACGCGGUUGCCGGGCAGCGCGGGCGAGCUCGCGUUCCACCUGCCCGCCUUCGGCAAGGGCUUCGUGCUGCGCCUGGCGCCCGACGCCAGCUUCCUGGCGCCCGAGUUCAAGAUCGAGCGCCUCGGGGGCUCGGGCCGGGCGGCCGGGGGCGAGCGGGAGCUGCGCGACUGCUUCUUCUCCGGCACGGUGAAUGGGGAGCCCGAGUCGCUGGCGGCCGUCAGCCUGUGCCGCGGGCUGAGCGGCUCCUUCCUGCUGGACGGCGAGGAGUUCACCAUCCAGCCGCAGGGCGCGGGGCGCUCCCUGCGCCAGCCGCACCGCCUGCAGCGCUGGGGGCCGCGGGCGCGCCUCGGGACCCCCGGGCUCGCCUCCUCCGAAGCCCACCCCCUCCCCGGAGGGCCCGAGUGGGAGGUGAAGGGAGAGGAUCGGAGGCAGGAGAGAGGAGACGAGGAGCAGGAGAAGGAAGAGGUGGAGGAGGAGGAGGAAAUGGAGGAGGAGGGGGGCAAAGAAGAGGAGACAGAAGGCGCCGGCGAUCUGCCACCGCCCCUGGGGGCCACGAGUAGGACCAAGCGGUUUGUGUCCGAGGCUCGCUUCGUGGAAACGCUGCUGGUGGCCGAUGCGUCCAUGGCUGCCUUCUAUGGAGCCGACCUACAGAACCACAUCCUGACGCUGAUGUCCGUGGCAGCCCGAAUCUACAAGCACCCCAGCAUUAGAAAUUCCAUCAAUCUCAUGGUGGUAAAAGUGCUGAUCGUGGAGGAUGAAAAGUGGGGCCCAGAAGUGUCUGACAACGGGGGGCUCACCCUGCGCAACUUCUGCACUUGGCAGCGGCGUUUCAACCAGCCCAGUGACCGGCACCCAGAACACUUUGACACAGCCAUUCUGCUCACCAGACAGAACUUCUGUGGGAAGGAGGGGAUGUGUGACACCCUGGGCGUGGCGGACAUCGGCACAAUCUGCGACCCCAACAAGAGCUGCUCCGUGAUCGAGGAUGAGGGGCUCCAGGCGGCCUACACCCUGGCCCAUGAGCUAGGGCACGUCCUCAGCAUGCCCCACGACGACUCCAAGCCCUGCGCGCGGCUCUUUGGGCCCAUGGGCAAGCACCACAUGAUGGCGCCGCUCUUCGUCCACCUGAACAAGACGCUGCCUUGGUCUCCCUGCAGUGCCAUGUACCUCACGGAGCUCCUGGACGGUGGGCACGGAGACUGUCUCCUGGAUGCCCCCACCUCGGCCCUGCCCCUGCCCACAGACCUGCCAGGCCGCAGCGCGCUCUAUGAGCUGGAUCAGCAGUGCAAGCAGAUCUUUGGGCUGGGUUUCCGCCACUGCCCCAACACCUCUGCACAGGACAUCUGCGCCCAGCUCUGGUGCCACACGGGUGGCACCGAGCCCCUUUGCCACACGAAGAACGGCAGUCUACCAUGGGCUGAUGGGACGCCCUGUGGGCCUGGGCACCUCUGCUGGGAUGGCAGCUGUCUGCCUGAGGAGGAAGUGGACAGGCCCAAGGCUGUGGUGGAUGGAGGCUGGGCCCCAUGGGGACCCUGGGGAGAGUGUUCCCGGACCUGCGGAGGAGGAGUACAGUUUUCACACCGUGAAUGCAAGGACCCUGAGCCUCAGAACGGAGGAAGAUAUUGCCUGGGUCGGAGAGCCAAGUAUCAGUCGUGCCACACAGAGGAAUGCCCCCCUGACGGGAAAAGCUUCAGGGAGCAGCAGUGUGAGAAGUAUAAUGCCUACAAUUACACUGACGUGGAUGGGAACCUCCUACAGUGGGUCCCCAAGUAUGCGGGGGUGUCCCCCCGGGACCGCUGCAAGUUGUUCUGCCGAGCCCGGGGAAGGAGUGAAUUCAAAGUGUUCGAGGCCAAGGUGAUCGAUGGCACCCUGUGUGGACCAGAGACUCUAGCCAUCUGCGUCCGUGGCCAGUGUGUCAAGGCUGGCUGUGACCACGUGGUGGACUCGCCUAGGAAGCUGGACAAAUGUGGGGUGUGUGGGGGCAAAGGCAAUUCCUGCAGGAAGGUGUCCGGUUCCCUCAACCCCUCCAGAAUAACCAAGGCCAGGCGUGUCCCCCAUGAACUGCCCAUAUCAAUCCAGCGGUGCUUUCCCUACUGGCACAGCAUUUGCCCUGGAGUUCAGCUCGCGGCAGAACGGCUGAUGUGCAAAGCAGAAUGGAAUCCAGCUUGGCUCUUGCUUGCUGUGUGGGCUCGGCCAGGCUCACAGGAUACAUACUUGUUUGUGUCUGGAAAUUCAACAGCUGCGGCGCAGGUACUCAGCAAAUAAAUCUGCAGAGAGAGACCACACCAUCAUUUCCCCUGGCCAACCUCGACCACUCUUUUAGCCAGAGAAGGGAAGACUACAUUUCCUCUGCUGAGAGUUUGCAUUUUCCAGCUAGUACUAGCGUCCCCUAAAGUCCUUAAGGCCCUGACUCGACAGGUAACUGCAGCGGUCAUUCAUCUGGAUCCUCCAAACACCUGCCAGAAAUACUUCAGAGGUGGUACGUUAGCAUCAACGUUCAUUUCUUUCAUCCUCAGGAUAAGUGAAUCCUUGCCUGGGGUUUACUCUCUGCCCUUUAUUCCCCUGUAGCUGACCAGAAGGAUUUGUUCCAAAACUAUGCAAUAUUAUUGCUCCCCAGCCCACUUUAGCAAACCAUCCCCCUCCCAGGAACAUGGUCCAGGGGUGAUGGGACCAUCUUCCCACUAGCUCCACGCCCCACAUCUUGCCCCUCUGAUGAUGUUCACUAGGUUCUUCGUGUUUGGGCCUUUUAACCAAGUGGGCCCUCAUAAUAAGGACUGUCCCUCCUCCCAGGGUCUGAGCCUCCCCUGAUUGAAGGAAAAGAGGCUCCUGAGCCCACGGCAAUCUCUGCUCCACAUGCUCUGCCUCAGAUCACCAAGCCCCUUCGAAAAGCAGCCAUGUCCCCUUCACUUUUGGGAAUGAGGAAUGGUUUGUGAGAGUGAACAGAAAUAUGGAAUCUACCAAUGAGAAUCAGAUGUAGUAUUAUCCUUAGGUUCCCAGAUUUCUGCUGCCACAGCCCUAUCCCUUCCUUGUGCCUCUUCGGUCAGUUGAAGCUCAAUUACGGGACAUAGAGCCAAAACAAAACAUGAGGUAGGGAGACCACGAGGAAGACGAUGAAGGCAACAUUUUAAGCAAGGUUAAGCUACCGUCCCCGACACCUGUCCUUCUCCGCCCUGACUCUGCUCUAUGCAGAGUGGGAGGGAAGGCCCUAAGGAAAGAGAAGUGUAUCCACCUCGCCAGCAUUCCCCACCCCAAGGCCUCGAGCAGGCGUGCCCAUGGGCGCCAGGACAGAAGGUAGAGAAGGGGAGGGAGGCAGCCCCACUCCCGUCCUUGAGAACUAUGAACGGGUUGCCCACCUUUGGUGGCCCUUGGCUGCAGGACAGUAUGUCUGUCUGUGAGAAAGCUCUCUUCUGGCACAGCGUAUUUUCCUGUGGUCCUUCAAGAAAACUGCAUGUGGGGCGCCUGGGUGGCUCAGUUGGUUAAGCGACUGCCUUCGGCUCAGGUCAUGAUCCUGGAGUCUCUGGAUCGAGUCCCGCAUCGGGCUCCCUGCUCGGCGGGGAGCCUGCUUCUCCCUCUGACCCUCCCCUCUCUCAUGUGCUCUCUCUCUCUCUCAUUCUCUCUGUCUCAAAUAAAUAAAUAAAAUCUUAAAAAAAAAAAAAAAAGAAAGAA